CUACGCCGUGAAAAUCGUCUUCCCCUUCCUCCCGUAGCAUCACACUCGCCGUGAAAACCCUAGUUCUUUGAUCGAAGCUCUCUCGUUAAGCUCUCUCUGCGCGAAAAUGGAUCCUCCGAUUGAAUCUGCUUCCUCUGGGUCGUGGAGCUCUCUCUACGCGAUCGAAUCCUCCUCGACAAAGCUCCGUUCGUGCUUCAAUCGAACCUGCUUCAAUCGCAUUGAAUCUUCCUCUCUUUGCUUCAAUCGCAUCUGCUUCAAUCGCACUGAAUCUUCCUCUCUUUGCUUCAACCGCACCUGCUUCAAUCGCACUGACUCACGUCUCAUUCUGCUUCAAUCGAACUGUGUCGUUCAACUUCUGGAAAUCAGUGCCAAAAAUGCUAGAAAUAUAGCACAGCAGAAAUGGAGACACCGAGUGGGGCCUAUAAGCAUGCUUGUAUAAGGGAGAGAUUGCGUGCAAGCAAAGAGGAUGGAGAGAGCCCUACCCAAGCUGAUAUUUUCAUUGAAACUCGUAAAAGCAAGAAAGGAAAAAAGGUGGAUGAAGAAACAAAUAAUGUGAUUACAAAACUUCAUGACUUGGUUGAAAAUUGUGGUCAAUCUUCUUCUGAAGCUUUUAAGCAAGUGUUUGGCGACGAAAGACCGGGGAGAGUGCGAUGCUACGGGAGAACUAUGACACCAAGUGUCUUCAAAAGGAAUAAUGAAAUAGCUGAAAUUGAGAAAAAACAUGCGAAGGAAGUCCAACGUUUAACUGAUAAGGUGCAUGACAUGGAGGCAAAGCAUGAGGACAUGGAGCGAAAAUUUCAAAUUCUUCUACGGACCAUGCUGAACCAUACUGACAACGCAGUUGAUUUGGAUGCUUUAGCUGCCUUGUUACUCCCCAGUGAUGACAAUGGCCCUCUACAUUCAUCUACAUCUGUACAUGCUCCAAAUAAUCAAGAGCAAAAUGAUGGUGGCAUGAUGGCGGAAGAAGAUGAUGCUACACUUUGAUGGUGGAAUUUGGAUCCUGUAGUUUGGAUCUUUAGUUUGGAUCUUUAGCUUAUUAGUUUGGAUUAUUAAAUUUGUUGGAUUACAUGGAUUAAAUUUUCCACUCCUUGUUGGAUUACGUGGAUUUAGAUGGUUAUGGAGUAUUGCAAGAUUCUAUCUGAUAAUUUCUACACAAGUCAGUUGCUGCAGGUUAAAAGGAAUUGCAACAAACCUGCUGAUUUUAUGUCAAAAUAUGCUCUUUCUUUUGUUAAUCAUGUAUGGUUCUCAAUAUGGGUCCAUGCGGUCUAGGACAAAUUCUGUUAGAUGACUGUGGGGUUCCCUCUCUAUUUCCAUUUCAAUGAAUGAAAUACUAUUUUAAUUAGCAA